ACUCUCACAGAGCCCGCCAUCUUUGCCAGGGAGACGAGCUGCGACUGCCGCGCGCCUCAUGAGAAGCUCAACAUCGCUCAGGCCCGCAGAGGAACCCCAGUGGAUCGACCCGUCAGAGUCUACGCAGACGGCAUCUUCGACUUGUUCCACUCGGGACACGCUCGUGCUCUCAUGCAGGCCAAGAACCUUUUCCCCAACACUUACCUCAUAGUAGGAGUUUGCAGUGACGAGCUGACCCACAAGUACAAGGGCUUCACCGUCAUGACGGAGCACGAACGCUACGAAGCGCUGAGGCACUGCCGCUACGUCGACGAAGUUCUGAGGGACGCACCUUGGACUCUCACGCCCGAGUUUCUGGAGAAACACAAGAUCGAUUUUGUGGCUCAUGACGACAUCCCGUACUCCUCUGCAGGAAGUGAGGAUGUUUACAAACACAUCAAAGAAGCAGGAAUGUUUGUUCCCACACAGCGGACAGAGGGAAUCUCAACCUCGGACAUAAUAACCAGAAUCGUCCGGGACUACGACGUCUACGCCCGACGCAAUCUUCAACGCGGCUACACGGCUAAAGAGCUGAACGUCAGCUACAUCAAUGAGAAGAAGUAUCGGCUACAGAACCAAGUCGACCGCAUGAAGGAAAAGGUUCGAAACGUUGAGGAGAAGAGCAAACAUUUCGUUUACCGCGUGGAGGAGAAGAGCCACGAUCUCAUCCAGAAAUGGGAGGAAAAAUCUCGAGAAUUUAUCGGCAACUUCCUGGAGCUCUUUGGCCCCGACGGGACGUGGAAACAAGUGUUUCAGGAGCGCAGCGGUCGAAUGCUGUCCUACGCCUUGUCUCCCAGAGAGUCUCCCUGCAAUAGUCCUCCUCGUGAACUGUCCCCACUGCGCUCCCCAUCCCCACCGUCACCCCCUGCCCGCUGGUACAACGCCAGGCCCUCGCCCCCGACCUCCCCGAAAGGAGCCUCCGCCUCCAUCAGCAGCAUGAGCGAAGGUGACGAAGACGAGAAGUAGACUUUCCAACAUUUCACUCACGGUACACUGCCUGGGAACACCUCAUAGAACACAAACACAAACACACACACACAC